UAUAGCAUCGUCUUUUAACGUUUUAUUUUAAUUCUACUUACUCUAACGAACUGGUAGAAAAUAAGUGAAGAAAUAAUAUAAUUGUUGAAACAAAUAAGCGUACUAGUGUGAAAUUUCCUAAUAUUUAUUAAUAUAAAUACAUUGGCAUUCAUUUCGCGGUGGUUCGUAUUCCGAAGUGAGUCAGAUCAACGAGUGUAUUCCAUACAAGAUAACGUGUUAAACUAAAAAUAUGUUAAGGAUGACGGAAGGACACACAUGGAUGCAUGUCUGGAUCUGGAUUCUAGUAUUGGCUACCUGCAUAUCCUGAUUAUUUGAUGGAGAAGACUGAAAGUGAUGUCACCUUUUAAUAUGAAAACUAUUCGGCAAUCCAGUUUGCGGAAUUUACUUUAAUACGAAACAUAGGAAAGAUUCUACACUGAUAGCAUCGUGCUAUUUAAGUUUGAUUUUACUUCUUCGUUCUGCAACGAACUAGUAGAAAAACAAUUGUGAAUAACUUAUAAUUGUUGAAUCAAGCAAGCGUACUUCCAUGAAAUUCGGUAAUUUAUUAUUUUAAAAAAAACAUUGGCAUUCAUUCUGCGGUGGUUCAAAUUGUGAAUAUCGUCAAAUCAACGAGUGGAUUCCCUCUAAGACAAUUUGUGAAUCUAAAACUAUGUUGAUUAAACCAGGAUGACGGAAGGACACCCAUGGAUGCAUAUUAUCUGGAUCUGGAUUCUAGUAUUGGCUACCUUUAUAUCCAGCGUCGCAAGCUAUGGACAACUUCCGACGUUUACAAACACUCCCGUUAACGUGACAAUCACUCAGGGGUCUGAGGCAAUUAUGAGGUGCGGCGUAGAGAAUCUUGGCACUAAAACUGUGUCAUGGAGGAAGCUGCCAUACAACGUACCAAUCACAGUCGGCAAGGAACAGUUUCUGGAGCUAGACAGGUUCAAACUCGUUCAAGUGGUUUCGCGCUGCGAAUGGAACCUGCACAUUAAAAAUGCACACACGUUUGACUCAGGAACAUAUGAGUGUCAAGUCAGUUUGAAAAGCGCUUUCAUCCGACGGAAUGUUACAUUAGUGGUCUAUGAUUCUUCCAAAGAUCCAGUUAAACCAUCCAUCCAUAUCUCGGGAACCCAGUUCGUGGAGAAAGGCUCCCCGAUCCUUCUCACUUGCAACGUCACCAGUGACGACAUGCCCCAGUCCGUCGACUGGUUCUUCGAGGGACGCGUGGUCCAGACGAGCUAUGAAAGAAACGUGUACAUUCAUCAACAGGUGUCGCUGUCGGAGAGGCUACUCACGAGCACCCUUAGCAUUGGGCAUGCGCAGAUAGCGGACACGGGCAAGUACGUGUGCAGGGCUAGCAAGGAUCUCGCCACGAGAAUCAAUGUGGAUGUAUUGAAUGCCGAGACAUACAACGAAAAACGGGAUACUCAAGAAGAGCGGGCAUCCAGUAUGACGUCAAGUAGUGGUGUUUUUUGCAUACGUACAUUGUCUGGUUCCCUGCUCCAUAACAUGUGCCUAUAUGUGUGCUUAACAAUAAUGUUUAUUCGCGUUUCAAUGCCAUGUAUAGCAACGUGUACAUUGGAAUAGUUUGCAUCAAGUUAAAUCGAGUUGAUUUAAAUAUUUAUUUAAAUGCUUUUGUUUAAUUGUAUCUCAAGUGAUACAUAUUUUACUUCUUUUAUUUUUGGCAUGUAAAUAGUCAUGAAUUUCCAAAUUUUGUUAUUAAGAUUUAUUUACUAAUUGUCCAAGAUGUAAAAAAUUCGUUUUAAACAUAUACAAUUGCGUGAUAUUGUGUAUUUAUGGGGUAAUUAUUGUAAAGUGUGUUGUAAAUAAUUUAUUCACACGUAAAUUCAUACGUGUAAGAUAUAGCUUAAAUAUGCUUUUGUUCAAUUGUAUCUCAAGUAAUACAUAUUUUACUACUUUAAUUGUUGGAAUGUAAAUAGUCAUGAUUUUCAAAAUUUUGUUACUAAGACUUAUUGACUAAUUGUCCAAGAUGUUUAUUUCGUUUUAAGCAUAUACAAUUGUGUGAUAUUGUGUAUUUAUGGGGUAAUUGUUGUAAAUUGUAUUGUGAACAAUUUAUUAAAGGGGCCUUUUCACAGAUUUUUGCAUGUUUUGAAGUUCGUCAUUAAAUGCUUUAAAUUGAUAAAUGUAAACAUUAAAUUUUAAAAGCUCCAGUAAAAAAUCAAAAAUAAAAUUUAAAGAAGGUAAAAAAAAAGUAGCAGGGCUCGAACCAGUGACCCCCGGAAUCCUGAAGUAAAAACGCAUUAGCCAACUGUGCUAUCCUGCCAAGCAUAUAUAAGAUGCGUAUUUUAUACGUUAUAUAAGCAAUCUUCGUAGUUUCACAGAUUUAAACGACAACAACAGAACUCUCCAAAUUAUUCAAUCGUUUCGCGUUGCAACGCUUUAUAAUUUUAAGGUUUUUAUAUCGUCAAAAGAAGCAUAUAAUGGCUAUAUUAGACCAUGGCAAAUGUUCAGUAAUACUAUUUCCUCACAAAUAUCAUAACUAAACCGAAAAUUUGCGAAUCUGAAACAACUUUUUUCAAUUUUGUCAAUUUACCUAACCGUGAAAAGAUCCCUUUAAGGUAUAGCGUAUGCCAUAUGUUGUAUGAAUGGUGCGUACACAUUCAUUUAAAGAUCAAUUAUAAUC